AGGUUAUCAAGCAUGCGUCAGACUACUGCUACCAGCUCGGGGAAACAGCGCGAUGACAAUGAUAUCCCCGCCGUCUAUCAGGAAAUGCUAGCCGAAGCGGAAGCGCGCGAUCCACACGCGUUCGACUCCACGCGACAGAUUAAACGACGACGAGUGCAGACGUCGGAUUCGCCGUCGAGAACGCCCGGGUCGACCAAAAACGACACGAGUGAUGCGCGUGGCAAGGAUGUUUCUCAGGCAGUGCAGACGGUAUAUGACUCACCUAGCUCCGAUGAGUCGGACAUGGAAUGGGAAGAGGUGGACCUGGAACAGAAGUCACCUCAGGCUGGGGUAGUGCCUGGCUUGAGCCCGGCUGCCGGGCAGGAUGAGGAUUCGAUACAGAUCACCCUGGAUGCACCAGCCGCCCAACGACAGAAAACAGUCUCGCGGAAGCCUAUCUCCAACGCUGAAAGAAAGUUGCGGUUGGAUUUACACAAGGUUCAUUUACUGUGCCUACUGCGUCACGUACAGAUACGUAAUUUAUGGUGCAAUGAUGAUGUUCUACAAGGGUUCUUGAAGCAGAUGCUCCCGAGGCGGAUUAUUUCCCUUUUAAACCCCCCCGAAGACAAGCCCCAGCAUGUCCGAUCCACUACAUUCGUUGAUGGGCUGAACCAGGCUAGCGAGGCAUUCUUGCGCCGGUUCCGCAUCACAUCCCCCGGGAUACAGCGACCACACUGGGCGGAUAAUCUGGAGGCUGUGACGCACAAGGCAGAGUCAAUUAUGGCAGACACAGAAGUGUUCCUGUCAAAGGAUGAUUUUCUGGCGCAGGCACGCAAUCUGCAAGGCUCGCGGGACUUUGGGGCUCAGCUCUUCUGUGCGUUACUCCGGUCGGCAGCGGUAGAGGCUCGACUGGUUUGCUCAUUGCAGCCGCUGCCUUUCUCUGGAGCUGUCACAGACCGGACGCCUGCCAAGAAGUCACAUUCGCAAUCCAUCGCUACCUCAUCAGAUGAUCGUGAAAUAUCGACCGACAAGCGAUCUCCAUCGGACACGGCGCCAUCGCGAACUCGGCGACUAGCUCGCCCGCAUUUAGCCCCGUCCCGUCCUCGGAAAGUAGCCACCACCCGCCCGGCCCGGCGAGAGUCCUCUUACCCGGUGUUCUGGGUGGAAGCGUUCAACGAAUCGGUCCAGAAAUGGAUCCCGGUGGACCCGCUUGUGACCAAAUCCCUGGCGAAGGCCUUCAAGUUUGAGCCCCCGUCUAGCGAUCCAUACAAUUGCAUGAGUUAUGUUGUGGCGUUCGAGGAGGACGCUUCCGCUAGAGAUGUGACACGUCGUUAUACAAAAGCGUUUAAUGCCAAGACCCGCAAACUCCGGGUGGAAACGUCCAAGAACGGCGAACAGUGGUGGCUUCGUGCCCUGCGGUUCUACGAGAAACCAUUCCUGGAGGACCGGGACGAAGCGGAGAUCAGCGAGCUGACAGCCAAGAGCGCGGCCGAGCCGAUGCCGCGGAAUAUCCAAGACUUCAAAGACCAUCCCUUCUAUGCUUUGGAGCGCCAUCUUCGCCGCAACGAGGUGAUCCUCCCCAGGCGCGUCAUCGGCCAGGUCAGCUUGGGCAAGUCGGGGUCGAAGCAUGAGAAAUUGGAGCCGGUCUAUCGCCGGUCUGACGUCCACAUUGUGCGCAGUGCGGACAAAUGGUACCGUUUGGGUCGUGAUGUCAAGCUGGGCGAGCAGCCGCUCAAGCGUGUGCCCGCCAGUGGGCAAAGGGGAUUUAAUGACGAGGGUACGGCUGUGGAGACUGCAAUGUAUGCGUUGUCUCAGACCGAGGUGUAUACGCCACCUCCCAUCGUCAACGGGAAGGUUCCGCGCAAUGGAUACGGGAAUCUGGAUAUCUACGUUCCGAGCAUGAUUCCUGCCGGAGGGGUUCACAUCACGCAUCCCAAUGCGGCACAGGCAGCCCGUAUUCUAGGAAUUGACUACGCAGAUGCAGUGGUAGGGUUCAACUUCAAAGGCCGACACGGAACGGCAGUGUUUGAAGGGGUGGUCGUCGCGGAGGAGUGUCACGACGCGAUGCGUGCGGUGUUGGCUGGCUUAGAUGACCAACAAGAACAGGCCGCGUCCGACGCCAAGUCGAUGGAAAUGCUCCGGUUGUGGAAAACCUUCCUGCUCAAGCUUCGAAUCGCAGAGCGGGUGAAGGCGUAUGCCAUGGAAGAGGAUUCUGGUGGUGAAAUGACCGAUGAUGAAAUGGCCGAGAUGGGAGGCGGUUUCCUUCCGGAGUCGGACCCAGACGAAGGGGGUGGUUUCUUGUCCGAGCUCAGCCAUGAGGUUGACUGUACGGAUGACGUGGGCCCUGGCAAAACUUGAGUUCUUAUACUAGUAACGAAGCUCUUUGAUCAUAAAUCGCAUUCA